AUGCCUCAACCUGCUGCUGAGGCUCCACCUGCACCUCCAACCUCUUCAGGCAUUGACUUCAACCGUCCUCCUCCUGCUGCUGUACUUAACAAAACUGUCGAAACAUCCUCCUCUGACUCCGCCCCUGCUCCCACAGCAGCUACCCUCGACUUCAACCGCCCUCCUCCAGCUGCUGUUUUGAACAAGACUGUUGACACCACACCUGCUGCUCCUAAGCCUGUUCCUGCCGCAGCAGCAGCCGCAGCCGCAGCACCAGUAGCAAAGCCUGCUUCCCCUGCACCCAAGGCCCCCACAGCUGAGGCCCCCAAGAAGAAAGUCGAGGCUGCCCCUAAGGCUCCUGCUGCAGCCCCUCCUGCUCCUGUUGAGGAGGAAGAAGAUGCUGUUGAUCAAGAAACCUUGACUGAGUUUUUUGGAAAAGAGCACGUUAACGUCAUCUUUAUCGGCCACGUUGAUGCUGGAAAGUCUACCAUGGGGGGUCGUAUCUUGGAGGCAACUGGAAUGAUUGAUAAGAGGACCUUAGAAAAGUAUGAGAAAGAUGCCAAGGAGGCUGGGCGUGAUUCUUGGUACUUGUCCUGGGCUUUGGAUACUAACGCUGAAGAGCGUGCUAAGGGCAAGACCGUCGAGUGUGGACGUGCAUACUUCGAGACCGAUACCCGCCGCUAUACCAUUUUGGACGCUCCUGGACAUAAAACUUAUGUGCCUAGCAUGAUCGGAGGUGCUGCACAGGCUGAUUGCGCCGUAUUGGUCAUUUCAGCCCGUAAAGGAGAGUUUGAGACUGGUUUCGAAAACGGUGGGCAGACUCGUGAACAUGCUCAAUUGGCCAAGAGCGGUGGUGUCAACAAACUGGUAGUGGUUAUCAACAAGAUGGAUGACCCUACCGUUUCCUGGUCAAAGGAAAGAUAUGAUGAAUGUGUUAGCAAAUUGACACCCUUCUUGAAGGGUAGCGGCUUCAACAUGAAAACAGAUGUUAUGUUCAUGCCUGUCUCUGGAUUCACAGGAGCCAACAUUAAGGCGGAUUUGGACGCUUCCAUCUGUGAUUGGUACAAAGGACCCUCUCUUUUGGGCUAUUUGGAUUCACUCAAACUUGCAGAUCGCAAUUUUAGUGCACCUCUUCGCAUGCCUAUCAGUGAAAAGUACAAGGAUAUGGGAACAGUCGUUGUUGGAAAGAUCGAGUCUGGUUCUCUCAAGAAGGGUGCCAAUCUUUUGAUGAUGCCCAAUGGUUCCAAAGUUGAAGUCCAAGCUAUAUUCAACGAACUUGAGGAGGAGAUUCCAGCAGCAGCCGUUGGUGACAACAUUCGCCUCCGUCUCCGUAAUAUUGAAGAGGAGGAUAUUAUGAUUGGUUUCGUGCUGUGCAGUCCCAAGAACCCAGUCCAUGCUGUUUCUAAGUUCGAGGCGCAAUUAGGAAUCUUGGAUCACAAGAACAUUAUUUGUGCUGGUUACACCGCAGUGUUACACAUCCAUAAUGCCAUUGAGGAGAUCACACUGUCGGCCAUGAUGCACUUGAUUGAUAAGAAGACUGGUCGCAAAUCCAAGAAGCCUCCACAGUUUUUGAAGAAAGGUCAACAGGGUAUUGUCAUGAUUGAGACCACAGGACCGCUCUGCAUGGAGACUUUUACAGAUUCACCCCGUAUGGGUCGCUUCACUCUCCGUGAUGAGGGCAAGACUAUUGCUAUUGGAAAGGUCACUAAGCUUAUCACUGACGAUUCUGCUUAA